UACCAAUUGUAAAAGCGCUAUAUAAAUACAUUUGACUUGACUUGACUUGAUUUAUAUUGCCCAUUGUAAAAACUGGCAUUUUACCACCAAGUGUAAUGGCACUAAACAGUGAGGGAAGCAGAAAGAGAAGAACAGAGAUCAGUGUGAUGGAGAUACCUAAAAGAAUCCGUAACCCAAUCAAAAAAACAAAAGUCAGUGAGCCAGCCACUGCCCUACAAAAUUAAGAACGAGAAGGUAAAUAAGUUUAAUAGUUUUGACAGUCAAUUGUAUUAAAGGCUUCAUUUAAAUUAAGUCUGUACAUCAAUAAGCCUUUGUGUGUCCCUUAGGCUUGCCUUGAACCCAUGACUUUUUGAAUUGCUGACACUGCCAAUUAAGCUAUAUGCUUGCUUACAGUGUUUGGGAAAUUUGUGGUGGUUGGAUGUUAAAUGUAAUGUGCAAUAUGUAUUGGGGUUUAUUAUGAAUCAAAAAGCUUCAAUGUUGUAUUCCUAGUGACUGUUUAUUGACUUUGGAUUUAUUCUUACAAUUACAGGACUUUAUGUUUUUCUAACAUUUGAAGAUAGCUAUACUGCAAGAAUUUGUAAGACCUGUGACAUACUAACAGAAAAGGAGUCGCCAAUUACUAGCUUUGAGGGACUCAUUCCAGGAGCUCGAGUUCUUGCAAGAUGGUCAGACAACAAAUUUUAUAAUGCCACUGUAGAUCACAUUGGGUUCUGUGACCAAAAGCAGGACCCGAGAAAGGGUGCAAAGAAGGACAUAAAAAGAAAUUAUGCAUCUGCUGAAUCAUUUUAUAACCAGAAUCUGGUCGCUUCUGCACCAGCUAAACAUGGUCCUUCCUCUGCACUAACCCAGCCUCCGUCUCCAGGAUUGCCACCAACCCAACAUCAAUCUGUGCAAUUACCAUGCUCUGUUAAGCCUUUUAAUCCACAGACCAUGACACCAUCGGAGUAUUGUAAUCAAGACCAGCCAGGUUUAUUAGAUUUAGAUGAACAUCAAAGACAAACCAUUACACAUAAUUCAACCCCAAAAGAAACAUUUUUGGGGCUUCUGUAUAACCCGUCUAUACCUCACCCCUCAGCUGAAGUUACAAUUCAGGAUGACCAGCUUGGGUUAGAGCCUGAGGAGGAGUAUGAAGAUCCCACAGUCAGAUCACAGAAUGCUUCCUAUGAAAAUGAACAAUGGGAGCCAUGUGAAACAUGCAAGCUGGAGGUACAGGCAUUACUUAAAGAGAAUAAGAUGAUGAAAGAUGUGCUUUCCAGCAUGAAUCUUGAACACCUACAGGCACUCAGAGACUUUAUAGAUAAGAUGGAAGACUACAAAUCAUGUGAAAGUGGGGUGCUGAUGCCUCAAACCAGACCUGGCCAACAAGAACUUUACCCAGAAAGUGGGCUGCUCUUGUCCUCUACCAAACUAGCAGCUAUUCACCAAGAGUCAAAGAAGGACUGUCUUCGUCUUUUCCAUCUACUGUUUGAUCAGUUCUUCACUCAUGAAGAAUGUUCAAACUCUGUAGCAUUUGGAAAGCAUGGCAAAGUCCCAGAGGGCAAGACAAUUUUGGAUAAAAGUAAAGUAAAUGGAGUACUAAGCAAUUACAGAAUGAAGCCAGAGGAAAUCGCUCCUGAGUCUCCGCCCCCUAACACACCUCCAAACAACGACGUCAUUCCUCCCUAA